GCCAUUUCCCUUCUCAAUUUUUUCUUCCGUUCUGUUUUGCUCUCUCGAACUGCGGUUAUUGUGCCCGGAUAGCUAUGCAGGCGUACGAUGAAAGCGGCAAUAGCACCCCCAUGGUCACCUUCCAGCGGAACGGGUCGUUGUCGUGUCCGGUUCAGUUCCUGUGCCAUGAAAACUCUAACAGUUUCUCGUACACCAUGAUUCCCCCGCGGCCUCUCAAGCUCACUGUUCUCAAAUUGGACGGAUCCUCUUUCGAGAUUGAAGUUCCUAGGAAUGGGACGGUGGCGGAUCUGAAGAAGGCAGUGGAGGCCGCUUUUAGUCAUUUACCUUGCAAGGUAUCAUGGCGACAUGUUUGGGGACAUUUCUGCUUGAGCCAUGAUUACGAGAAGCUAUUAUGUGACACCGAUCACAUAGGACUUCAUGGAAUCAGGGACGGUGAUCAGCUUGAAUUUGUGCGACAUGUCUCAGUUUCCUACUUGGGAAAGAAACAAGAAAGAGAGGACCUUGAAGCCUGUCUGUUGCUCGAUAACUGCGAGAAGAGAUUGCAAAGGAAAGAAAGGGAUAAGCCUUUCUUCUUCUCCAAUCAAAUUUAUCCAUUUUCACUUCUGCAACAAACUCAAAAAGUUGAAGAAGGGAGAAGAAGAAGAAGAAGAGCAGCCAUGGCUAUGGCCAACAUGAUCAUGGCUUCCUCCAAAGCCCUCAUGCCUCCUCCCACUCUCCUCCCCACCCCAAGAUUCAAAGUUUCUUCUCUGUUUCCCAAAUUGCCCUUCCCCCAAUUCCCAAGGCCCAUCCAAACUCUGAAAUCCCUACCCCUGAUCCUCGCAUCCGCUCUCGCCGCCGCGCCGCCCCCGUCUAUGGCGGAGGAGAUGCAGAAGGCGUCGCUCUUCGACUUCAACCUCACGCUCCCGAUCAUGAUGGUCCAGUUCUUGCUCCUCAUGGUCGCCCUCGACAAGAUCUACUACUCCCCGCUCGGGAAAUUCAUGGACGAGAGGGACGCCGCGAUCAAGGACAAGCUGAACAGAGCGAAGGAGAUGUCGGAGGAGGCGCGGCGGCUGGACGAGCAGGCGGCGGCGGUGAUGAGCGCGGCGCGCGAGGAGAUCGCGGCGGCGCUGCGCCAGAAGAGGACGGAGACGCAGGCGGAGAUGGAGAAGAGGCUGGAGGAGGGGCGGGCGAAGGUGGAGGCUGAGCUGGCGGCGGCGCUGGAGCAGCUUGAGGUACAGAAGAUGGAGACGAUGAAGCAGCUCGAAUCUCAGAUUUCUUCGCUUAGCGAUGAGAUUGUCAAGAAGGUCCUCCCAGCUUAAUUAUUUAUUUAAAGAGUAAUUAAUUAAUUAAUUAAUUAGUGUUACUCUUUGUGUGUAAGAAUUUCUCUAUCACACACAUUCGGAUGUAUGAAGUUUAUUGUUUUUUUAGCAUAUGAACAUUUACAAACUAAAGAAUAUUUAUUUGCACAUUCAUUUCUUCGCGUAUAAUUCGAACACGCAUAUUAUGAAAUUAAUAUAAUCACAAUUU